CCACACGCACGGUCACCACUCACCACUCACGCGCCCACCGCACGCACGGUCACCACUCACCACUCACGCGCCCACCGCACGCACGGUCACCACUCACCACUCACGCGCCCACCACACGCACGGUCACCACUCACCACUCACGCGACCACCACCACCGCCGCCGCCGCUUCUCCGCGAGUAUUGGUUACACCUGCUGUUGCUUUUGUACUCACUGUUCAUACUAAUACUACUGCUGUUGUUACUGAUCCUGCUGCUGCUACUCCUUCUGCUACUACGACCAAUACUACCACUGUUAUUUUCACUGCUCCGACUGUUUGCUACUGCUGCCAACACGACGACCCGUGCGUGCUGUGUUGCUGUUGCUGGUGAUGGCCGUGGCUGUCGGUGGCGGGGGUUCAGGCGUCGCUAUGAGCGCCCUCCCGUCCAGUCGCGAUUGAGGCUCCGCGAGCCUCCCACUCCCCACGGCCUCUGAAAUCCACCCGAGGGCAACUCCACCAACUCCACCACCACCACCAACUCCACCACCAACGACAACGACGACGACUUCAACAGUUGUGGGCAGAUUGAGUCAAGACUCGCCGAGCUGUAGGGAUUGUUUACAAGUAGCUGUUUGAAUUUGUAGAGACCGGUUAGCGUUUUUUGUUAUUAUUUUUGUUAUUUUUUGUUUGUUAUUUUUGGUCGUAUUAAAUGGCGUGCUGCCAAAGCCCACAGCAGAAGGAACAGAAGGUAAUCAAUGACCUCAUCGAAGAUCAGAUUCGCAAGUCCAAGUCCAAGAGGCAUCUAGAGUUAAAGCUGCUGCUUCUGGGCACGGGUGAGAGCGGCAAGAGCACCUUCAUCAAGCAGAUGCGCAUCAUCCACGGCUUGGGCUACACCGAGGAGGACCGGCGAAGCUUCGCCAAGCAGGUCCACCAGAACGUGCUGGCCAGCGUGCAGAGCCUGGCGCACGCCAUGCACACCCUGGGCAUUCCCUACGAGAAGGAGAGCAACCGGGCGCAGGCACGCUUUGUCCAGGAGUUGGACUCCAUGAAGAUGAACAGCCUGAACGACCAGUGCGCUCGCGCCAUCGCCAGCCUGUGGGCCGACGCCGGCAUGAAGGCCUGCUACGAGCGCCGCCGGGAGUUCCAGAUCAGCGACUCCACCAAAUACUACCUGAACGACCUGAGCCGGCUGGUGUCCCCUGGCUACGUGCCCACCCAGCAGGACGUGCUGCGAGUCCGCGUGCCCACCACCGGCAUCAUCGAGUACCCCCUAACGCUCAACAAGAUGGUCCUCAGGAUGGUGGACGUGGGGGGGCAGCGCUCCGAGCGCAGGAAGUGGAUCCACUGCUUCGAGAACGUGGAGUCCGUCAUGUUCCUGGCGGCACUCAGCGAGUACGACCAGGUGCUCAUGGAGGAAGGCCACGUGAACCGCAUGCUGGAGAGCCUGGCGCUGUUCAGCACCAUCCUGGAAUGCCGGUGGUUCGUGGAAUCCUCCAUUAUCCUCUUCCUGAACAAAAAGGACAUCCUGGAGGAGAAGCUGCAAAAUUCGAACCUCGCCGAUUACUUCCCGGCCUACCGAGGCAAACCGAAGGAUGCAAAGGCCGCCCAGCAGUUCAUCCAAGAGCUGUACCUCCAGGCCAACAAGGACAAGAGCAAGAUCGUGUUCUCGCACUUCACGUGCGCCACCGACACCGACAACAUCCGCAUCGUGUUCGCUGACGUGCGCCACACGGUGCUCAACGAGAACCUCAAAGUCCACAACCUCAUCUAAGAAGCCUCGUCCCUCCGUCCCCCUCGCACACCGAGCGGCAGCUUCCGUCUGCUUGCAAGCGACGAGCGAUGCCGACUCCCUGCCACGACCGCCACCAGCAGCGCCACCACCAUUAACAUCACCGCAGGCACUGCUGCCACUACAAUAACCACCGACGACGCUACGCAACCGACAUCAUCCCCGCAUCAGCACGCUGCAUCAGCAGACACACCAGGGUGUCAGGACUGCCAGUAAACCUUUCCCAUCGUCGCCAGCGCAAGCCAUGUCCUGCGGAAGCGGAAGGCCACCGUAGAUGGAAGAGACGCUGACGUGCAGCGUCUGUUUAGGAUUUCGUGGCCUGUCGCACAGCAGCGCAACUAGACUGAGUUCGCGGCUGCGAAUGCAUCCUCUCUAUAGGAUGAGCCGUCCUUUAAUCAGUGAUGAGCCGGGAACCCGCAAAGGAGACAGAAAGUCUCGAAGAACCCCGGAUCUUCGUUUAAAUACUGGGUAUAUUCUAGUUGUCAUGUGAGCGCAGCGCACAGCACACUUUGAUGUCGAUGGGAACCCAAGCAGCCACCGUGGCCCACGCAGUCGUGAGGCCGUACUUUGCCAUCGCGUGCCCUCACCCCGCCGGCGCAAACUUGGGGGCUGAGAUGAUGGCAUGAUCUAUAAAUUACACGUAAUUUAAAUAUGCAACUUCAUUACUUGUGAAAUUUGGUAUCUAAAUUACAUGUCUCAUUGUAAUUGGCAACUUGUAUCUAAAUUGCACGCGAUGCAGUUUAAUCGGUUGUCUACAUCUAUGAUGAUACUCUACAUUUUAAACGAUGUACGGAUACUAUAUUAGUCAAAAGUAGCGCAGCGGUUGUAGAAUAUGCAAGAAACCAGCAGCAGUUCCUGAAGAACUGUAUCGUAGUCUUCUUGAAUUAGGUGACCAUCACAAUAAAUGUGAGGAAACAAAACUACCAACAGCAGUGAUGAUGACGAUGCAGUCAUAGACAACUGUAGGCCAGCUUCAUCAUCAUUCUGACUUAUCAGCACGGCACAGUUACCAAUGCUCACUGCUGCAGAGUCUGCCUCUGCAAACCGUAGAUUUGGAGUCCCCACUUCCAUUACAUGACUCCAGUGGUCUGAACAUUGAGGCACUCUCCCGGACGAAGUGUGAGUAUCUCGCAAACAUUAUGAAAAGCCAUAACGUCGAUGUUCUGACACUCCAAAAAACCAACGUUUGGGAUGCCCUACAUGGCAGUCACUACAACAUCCAUGGAUACAUCCUCACGACGAGCCACUACCACCCAAAAUGUGGCUUGGCCACAUACGCGAAGAACCCCAUCACAGACACUUAACUAUUUUUUAUAUUUUACCAGGUAAGGCCCACUUAGCGAUAUAGUUCUUUUUCACAAACGGCCUGGCCACAAAUGAUAGCUCAGUGACGUGGCUUAUCAUGUGGAAAUGUAUAGCAGCCAAAUAUUCUAAACGCAUGGAACUGAAAAAGAAGCCACCAGCAUCGAGAUGGGGGAGCUGCACGUCACCAACCUAAUUCAAAAUGUCUAAAGCCAGCACUUCCAAGUGCACCGAUCCCAGCCCUAUACGCUCGUGACUUGUGGAGCUAUUCAUUAAAUCAGACCGACGGCGAAGACCUCACUGACUGGAUGUCUGCCAAAGAUUUCACCUGGGUUUUGAUCCCAAGCAGCAAGCAACAUAGGCCCAUCAUCACCCACAUCGGCAUCGCAAUCCCAUGAUUCUGUCCAAACGGUAACCAAGGUGGGACCUGGUUAAAGCUCACUAAGGAGGCUUUAGAAAGAGUGGUGAGUCAAAUUGCUGUGGCACCGGAAUGAUAUCACCAAUUUGUUGGCCUCCUGACUGCAGCUGCCAAGAAGAGCAUCCCCCGAGGCUUCCGGAAAGAUUGCACUCCCUGCUGGACAAAGGAGAUCCAGGGCCUGCUCCGACAGUGCAAGCAGUCAGGCAACCUACAGGUUGAAAGGCCCUGCUAGAGUAUAUUCUUAGGUUUUUUUAGGUAAAGUCACGUAGGUAAAAAAUUAAAAUUAAUAAAAUAAAAAUAAAAAUCACGACGUUUCGGAGGCAACACAAGCUUCCGGCUUCAGUCGUGAUUUUUCUUUUAUUAAUUUUAAUUUUUUACCUACCUGACUUUACCGAAAAAACCUAAGAAUAUGAAUCCUUGCAGUCACGAAAGCUUCAAAUCUAGAAUUAAUACCCUGCUAGAGUCUUUAGACUCAGCCAGAUGUCAGCGGUGUUUUGAGUGUGUUGAAGGCCCUGGAUUUUGCACACUUCGGCCGCCGUGCCUGGGCCCCACUACAACGCCUGGGUGCUGCUAAUUCAAUAGAAUACUGAACUGCAAGAGUCCUGCCCAACUCUAUAGCCUCCAUACUAGUGGAGAACACAAAAGGACAGCUCGACAAAAACCACCAAGUGAGAGAUCCAUCACCAAUUACACCAGGUAAUGGCCUCAAUUUUUUCACAAUGGAGAAAGGCAAGGCUGCUGGCAGAGAUUGUAUCCCCCCUGAAUUCUUCCAUCACUUAGGCCCAAGAGGACACCAAUAGCAGGCAAAACUGUCCACUAAAACCAUGAAAAGUGGAUACAUACCACAAAAAAGCAUAGCGGGAGGCGAUGGUCAUUGCCAUUCCCAAACUGGGCAAGCCGACCUGGGAAGCUCUAGGCCAAUAUCGCUCCUAUGCACCACCUAUAAACUCCUGGAAUGCAUCAUCCCCUGAAGAAUCGGCCCCCUCGUCGAGUCAGCGAUCCCUGAAGAACAAGCGGGAUUCCGGCCUGGACGCAGCUGCUGUGAUCAAGGCAUGCAACGUACAUCGAGGGUGGAUUCCAGAAGAAAGCCAAGACCGGCGCAUCCUUUGUGGACUUGUCAUCGCCCUACGACACAGUCUGGGUUAAGCGCUUGAUGUUGAAGCUCGCUUAGGACCAUUCCCUGCCUCGAAACAAUACUCAUAUGGAUGAUGCUAAGCAAUAGGCGACUGCGUGUCUCUAUGGGAGACAAAUUCAGCUCACAGCGGUUCCUCAACCAUGGAUUGCCACAAGGUUUGGUGCUCGCGCCAACGCUCUUCAAUGGCUACAUGAGUGACACGCCACCAACCGGGUCACGCAAAUUACUACGUGCGGAUGACCUUCGCCUGGCAGCGCAAGCAGCCCCUUUCAAUGACAUCGAAUCCACUCUGAACCAAGACCUAAACACCAAAUGGAGGCUCAAGCCAAAUCCCCACCACCUGAAUAAGGUAGCCGCCAAGACCCAAACAAGAGGUCAACCUGCUCCAGAAACUGGCAACCACAAGCUGAGGAGCAUCAGCACCCUCAGUGCUACGGACAUCAACGAUGGCCCUCGUGUACCCUGUAGCCAAGUGCUGCGCACCAGUCUGGACCAGAAGCAGUCACCACUCUACUUGUUGAUGUCCAACUGAACACUGCAAUGUGGUGUGUCACCAGAGCCCUCGAGUCGACCCCAACACCUUGGCUGCGCGUGCUGUCACCAAAUCUCUGUCCCACCCAUCCGCCGCAACGCUGCAACCCUCCAGGGAGGCCUGAAAAUCGAGGGAAGCAGUCGCCUUCCCAUUCACUGGGACCUCAAUAACGUCCCUCGGCAUCGCUUGAAGUCACGCCAAGCGCUUUUGGACCCACGCGCUUAACCUGCAUCAAUGUGAGUUCAACCCGAUGAAGCGUGGGGAGCUGAAUGGAGUUCAAAAGGACUCACAAACACCACCUUGUGAAGACCCAACGCUGAAGAUCACUGGGUUCGAUCUUCCACGAAGCUCAUGGUCCACCAUAACCACAUCCACUGCACAACCCAGGGCAGUAGAUGUCGGUAUCUGAUGCACAAAUGGAAAAUUGAAACGCUCCAGUGUGCGACUGUGUUUCAUCCAGAACAGACCGUAGUGCAACGCUUAACGACGCAAUGGCAGAUCCACAAAUACGAAGGGGACUUCACAGCUGCUCCUGACGCGGUUGUGUGCCUUCAUAACCACCUGCACGUGGAACUGCAGUUGUUGAUCUGCAUCAGCCAUACGACAGAAGAAGACUCAAGUGGUCUGUAAUUUGAUUAUAAUUUGUCCAUCUCUGAACACGACUCCAAACUACAGUGGCUCCAAAAUAACCCCGCGGCUUCCAUCGCUUCGCUCCAACCCUUACCCUGGCUCGCCAACAAACCAUGGGCACAGCUCAAUACCGCUAUCCUGCUCCCCCCAGAGCUCUCUCUCCACGUCUUCCCCUGUACCUCUCCUCCACCUUCCACACUCCGCUGACCACGGCAAACGUCCUACGGAGCGCCGUUUCUCUGAUUCUCACUCAGCAGCAGCAGCAUCCCAAGCACCUUUAAGCAGCAGCAGCUCCAGGCUCGCACCUGCCCAGGCUGGCGUACGAGGGGGGACUUUGACGUCUGGAUCUGCGCCUCUCGAGUUCUCGAUCGAACAAUGCAUCCGAUACGUGAAAUAUGCGUGCCUUGUAAAUUGUGUUUUUUUAUUCUAAUAAAUGUUUACUGUGUUA